CGGCUUUGGAGGCCUGUGUGUGGAGAAAAGCCUCCAGGGAGAGCGGCGCUGGCCUCCAACCUUCGCCCCCUGCCCUCGACGCUUUCCCCACAGCCCAAGAUGGCGGCCGGGGUGGAUUUUGGCGACCUAGAGCUCUUCGAGGCGUUUGACCCGCAAGAGGAGUCGACGCCGAAGCCCGUUCACACCCGCUUCAAGGACGACGAGGAGGAAGAGGACGAGGACGACGACGAGAACGGGGUGGGCGACGCGGAGCUGCAGGAGCAGCUCCGGCGCUGCGAGGCCACCAUCGAGCAGCUCCGCGCCGAGAAUCAAGAACUUAAAAGAAAGUUGAACAUUCUGACAAGACCCAGUGGCAUACUGGUGAGCAAUACUAAGAUAGAUGGACCGUUAUUACAAAUUCUGUUUAUGAACAAUGCUAUUUCAAAGCAAUACCACCAAGAAAUAGAGGAGUUUGUAUCAAACUUAGUAAAACGAUUUGAGGAACAGCAAAAAAAUGACGUGGAAAAGACUUCCUUCAGCCUUUUACCCCAGCCAUCCAGUGUUAUGUUGGAAGAGGACCAUAAAGUGGAAGAAACAUGUGCCGUUAAAAACAACAAGGAAGCUUUUAGUGUUGUAGGAAGUGUCCUGUAUUUUACUAAUUUUUGCCUUGAUAAAUUGGGGCAACCGCUACUAAAUGAAAACCCUCAGCUUACGGAAGGAUGGGAAAUACCCAAGUACCAGCAAGUCUUCAGCCACAUUGUUCCUCUAGAAGGGCAAGGAAUGCAAGUAAAGGCAAAAAGGCCAAAGCCUCACUGUUUCAACUGUGGUUCUGAAGAGCAUCAGAUGAAGGACUGCCCAAUGCCUCGGAAUGCCGCUCGGAUCAGCGAGAAGAGGAAAGAAUACAUGGAUGCCUGUGGCGAGGCCAGCGGCCAGAGCUUCCAGCAGCGCUAUCAUGCAGAGGAAGUGGAAGAGCGAUUUGGAAGAUUCAAGCCAGGAGUUAUUAGUGAGGAGCUUCAGGACGCACUGGGUGUGACAGACAAGAGCCUUCCCCCUUUCAUCUACCGCAUGCGCCAGCUGGGCUACCCACCGGGCUGGCUCAAGGAGGCUGAACUGGAGAAUUCCGGACUUGCACUCUAUGAUGGAAACGAUGACGCUGAUGGGGAAACAGAAACUGGAGAAAUACAGAAUAAAAGUGUCACGUACGAUCUCUCAAAAUUGGUAAACUAUCCAGGUUUUAACAUAUCUACUCCCAGAGGUAUUCCAGAUGAAUGGAGAAUGUUCGGUUCCAUACCAAUGCAGGCGUGUCAACAGAAGGAUGUGUUUGCCAGUUACCUGAAUUCUAACAUCCAGUCGCCAAGUGUGAGGUCUGGCGGCAAGCGGUCCUCCUCGCAGUCCAGCCCCAACAGUCCAAAGAAGCAGCGGAAGGAGGGCAGUGCGGCGGCCUCCCCUGCUGACAUGGAGCUAGACUCAGAUGUAGAGAUUCCACCUGGUUCUCAGAGCAGCAAAGCAUUUCAGUUCCAACCACCAUUGCCUCCCGGCACACCGCCUCCACUGCCACAGGGAACGCCCCCACCUCUCUUCACUCCUCCACUCCCUAAGGGAACCCCACCACUGACUCCCAGUGACUCACCCCAGCCCCGACCGGCAGCUUCAGCCAUGGAUGAGGAUGCCCUGACCCUGGAGGAGCUGGAAGAGCAGCAGAGGCAGAUCUGGGCGGCGCUCCAGCAGGCCGAGGGAGGGAACAGUGACUCGGAGGUUCCUGUAGACACACCUUUAACUGGGAAUUCGGUCGCCUCCUCCCCGGGUCCAAAUGAGCUUGACCUCCCUGUCCCAGAAGGGAAGGCCCUGGAAAAGCCAGUGCUGGCUGAGCCCCAGGGGCCAGCUGCUUCUGUAGACACAGCUGGAUCCGAGCCUUCCUGCAGUCCAGCAGCGGGGGCAGCAGUGCUCUCUGAGAGAGAAGAGGAAGCCACUGCCGAGGGGGGUCCUGGAGAUGCUCUUCUUGACAAUGGCUGUGUGUUGAACAUAAGCAAUGGAGGCAACCAGCAGCUCCUUCAUCUGGACACCCGGCCUCCAACGGCCUCAAAAACCCAUAGCCCAGUACCUGACAUGAGCAAGUUUGCCACUGGAAUAACACCCUUUGAAUUUGAGAACAUGGCUGAAUCCACUGGAAUGUACCUCAGGAUAAGAAACCUGUUGAAGAAUUCACCCCGAAAUCAGCAGAAAAACAAAAAGACUUCUGAGUGAGCCCGGCUGUGAGGUGAUGUGCAGCUCUGCACUGUCAGACUGAGGCCAGGUGACCAGUUUCUCCUUCCCACCUUUCAGAGCCUGCCCGUGGUGUAAUUGUGAUCUCAAGUCAAGCCUCUUUGACGGAAUGAAAGGCUGGGCGUGUGCUCUUUUCUUCUCACCGACGACAACCCGGAGUUGGCGUGCUUGCGUGCGUGCGUGCGUGCGUGCGUGCGUGCGUGCGUGCGUGCGUGCGUGCGUGCGUGAGCUGGUUCAGAGAUGCUUGGUCCGGAUUAGACUAUUUUGGAUCAUGAGUGUCAAGAGCGAAGGGUUUUUUGUUUGUUUGUUUUGUUUUUUUAAUGUCUUUUGUAAAUUGUUUUCCCUUUCUACAUUUUGCUAUUAUCCUGUGUAUAUAUAUAAGCUUAAUAUAUCACUUUUUAAAAGAAAAUUCUAACAAUUUUAAAUUCACAUUUCAAUUUCAGCAACCAAAUGAGAAUAAUCAGGGAUGGGCAGCUUUAUCCUGCUCGGGGUAUUUUUGUAAGAUUUUCAUGCUUGAAUUUUAAUAACACUUUUACUUUUUGUAAUUUAAUUAUUCAAAUAUGCUUCCAAUAAAGGUGUGCUCACCUUUGUGUACAGAGGUUUAAUAAAUUAGUUUUCUUACACAUGAA